CGGAGCCUCCCCGCCGCUCGCCCCUCCGCCCGGCCGCUGCGGCAGUGUCUCGGAGGCGGGCAGGCGGCCGGUCCCUCCGGUCCCCCGGCAGCAUCCCGGCCCCGCCAUGGCUGGCGUCGGCUUCGCGGCGCACCGCCUGGAGCUGCUCGCCUCCUACCAGGACGUGAUCGGCGAGGACAGCCCCACCGACUGGGCCCUCUACACAUACGAGGAUGGCUCCGAUGACCUGAAGCUGGCAGCAUCAGGAGGAGGGGGUCUGCUGGAGCUCUCUGGGCACUUUGAGAUCCAGAAGGUGAUGUACGGCUUCUGCAGCGUCAAGGAACCCCAGGCUGUGCUCCCCAAAUAUGUCCUCGUCAAUUGGGUGGGUGAGGAUGUGCCUGACGCCCGCAAGUGUGCCUGUGCCAGCCACGUGGCCAAGAUCGCAGAGUUCUUCCAGGGUGUAGAUGUUAUCGUCAAUGCCAGCAGUGUGGAAGACAUUGACCCGGGGGCCAUCGGGCAGCGGCUCUCCAACGGGCUGGCGCGUGUCUCCAGCCCUGUGCUGCACCGCCUGCGGCUGCGCGAGGACGAGAAUGCUGAGCCCGUGGGCACGACCUACCAGAAAACCGAUGCCACCGUGGAGAUGAAACGGCUCAACAGGGAGCAGUUCUGGGAACAAGCCAAGAAAGAGGAGGAGUUGCGCAAGGAGGAGGAGAGGAAAAAGGCGCUGGAUGCGCGGCUGCGGUUCGAGCAGGAGCGCAUGGAGCAGGAGAGGCUGGAGCAGGAGGAGCGCGAGAGGCGCUACCGGGAGCGCGAGGAGCAGAUCGAGGAGCACAGGAGGAAGCAGCAGAGCAUGGAGGCGGAGGAGGCCCGGCAGCGUCUGAAGGAGCAGUCCAUCUUUGGGGAGCAGCAAGAGGAGGAUGACAGGCAGCAGCUCCGGAAAUCAGAGUCAGAGGUGGAGGAGGCCGCUGCCAUCAUUGCCCAGCGACCCGACAACCCCCGGGAGUUCUUCAAGCAGCAGGAGCGGGUGGCAUCGGGCAGCAGCGACGCCAUCUCACCAGGCAGCCAUAGGACAGGUCGUCUGCACUGUCCUUUCAUAAAGACAGCUGACAGUGGGCCACCUUCUUCUUCCUCCUCCUCCUCCUCCCCCCCGCGGACCCCCUUCCCCUAUAUCACCUGCCACCGCACCCCAAAUCUCUCCUCUUUCUUCCCAUGCAGCCAGUCCGACUACCGAAAGGUUUCGGCAGCAGGCUGCAGCCCCUGUGAGUCCAGCCCGGCCUCCACGCCGCUGGGCGAGCAGCGCGCCCGCGCCCCGGCUGAAGAGACGCCGGCAACGCCCAAAGACUCCCCCAGCCCCAGCGCCCAGGUGGCAGAGCCGGCGGUGACCGAGCAGCACUGGCCCUUCCCUGGGCCUGAGGACAAAGCCGCAGAGCCACCGGGGGCCGAGCCCGACCCCGAGCCCAGGCCGGCGUGGACAGCGGGGGCUGACGUGCUGGGGGACCUGGUGGCCCUGGAACCCUCCGAGCCGUCCCCAGCGCCCGCCGUGCCCGACCCCCAGCCCGUGGGGACACCCGGCGCGGCUGAGCCCCUCCUCGAGCUGUGGCAGAGCGACGGUGCAGCCUCCGCCGCCUCCGGCACCUGGCCCCCACCCGACACCCCUGCGGGACCACCGGCCCCCCCUGAGGAGGGCACGCUGCUGGGCCUGGACGAGCUGCCUGAGCCCCCCGCCACGUUCUGUGACGCGGAGCAGCACGAGGAGGUGGAAGAAGAAGAGGAGGAGGAGGAGGAGGCCACGGCGGGCGGGCCCCAUCCCACAGGGCUGGGCUACCAGGAGGGCUACCAGGAAGGCCACGAGGUGCCCCCCAUCACCAACGGGGAGAUGGGCCCCAAGGACGGCACAGCGGGGCGCGGCGAGCAGGCCAGCGAGGGCUACUUCAGCCAGUCCCAGGAGGAGGAGGCCCCGCCGCCCGAGGAGCCGUCGGCCAAAGCCCCGCAGCCCAUCUUCUACAACAAGCCGCCAGAGAUCGACAUCACGUGCUGGGACACGGACCCGCUGCCCGAGGAGGAGGAGAGCUUCGGGGGCGGCCUGUAGGCCCAACGCAGCCUGGAGGCCCCGCCGGCGCGGGGUGCGAGCGGCCGUGGCCGGGGACCCCUCUGUGCUGGGGCCCCGCAGGAUGGGAGCCGGGGGGGCCGCCCCGCAGCACCCCGGGGUGCCUUUUACAGCCCCUCCCGUCUCUUUCUCUUUUAUAAGUUGUCAGUAGGAGACGUGUCAGCCCUC